AUGGCUGUUUACAUUUUUAGAAAGAUCACCUCAUGUCAGUUUAAUACAAGAAUUCAAUUAUAGAGAAUUUGGAAAAUAUUGAGCAAAACUGAAUUCAAACACAAAGUUAGAUAUUACAGAGCAAUCAACCUAAAAAUAAUAUUAUAAGGAAAAUAAAGACAAUCGCAACUAUAAAGCAUUAUAUCUGGCUAGGCAUUUACUAAAAUCCGAAAAGUAAAGAAGAAUAAUGGCUUAAUAGUUCCAGAUAAGAAUAAGAGUCUAGAUCGAAUAAUGAGUGCAGCCGACUAUUUAAGUGGAAGUUAGUUUAGGAGUUCAAAUGAAUUCUCUGUUGAUUAAGUAGAGAUAAAGACAGAUCACUCUAAUUUUCAACUGCUAAAUAGUAGGCUACCGUUUGAGUAAAUUAGAAAUGAUAAUACAAAAAGUGCAAAUGCUAAUAAUAUUUUACUUGAGUAAGAUACUGUCAAUAGCAAUUAACUUUAAUUAAAUAAUGUGGAAUCAGGCAGAACUAUGGAAGGAGACUUUAUCAUAGAUAGAAAUAGACUUAAUCAUCCUUCAGAAUCACUAAAUUAAUAAAAGCAAUAAGUAUCAAAGAUAAGUUCAAGUAUAAAUUCGAGAAGACAAUCUAUUAAAAAGAACAUUGAAAAAAAACUGAAAGUCCUAUCAUCUAGAAACUCAUCACCCUAGGGGCUUAAAAAACUUUUUGACAACUACUUUGCUAUUUAAUAAUCUAAAAUUAAGCAAGAAAGAAAAGCUGAUUCGAUUCUUACUAAGCAUAAUAAUAAUAAUGGCGACUAAUCUACUAAAAAUAAGCAAGGUUAGUUUAAGAAUAUAUUUAUUGCUGGAGGAGCUGAUGAAAUAAGAAAUAACUAUCUGCUUAAGGUGCUGGAUAAGAUAAAUAAAUUGCACUAAAAAAAAGAGAAAAAAAGGAAAAAAUUGUUGAAACAGGCUAAAAAAGAAUAAAAAGAAUCUGAUGCUUAAAAAUUACUUUUGAGAGAAUUAAAUAGAGUAGAGCUUGAAAUAUAGAUGAAAAUUUAGAAAAACAUGAAGAAAAUCAAAGAUCAUGUCUAAUCUAAACGAACAUUAACUGAAUUUGACAGUUUGAAAUAGGAUGAGAUAAAUAAGGAAAUAAAUGACGAAAUAAUUCCUAUUAAUAAAAAAGAAACUUCUACAACAGAUGAUAGUUCAAAGCAAGGGGCGAAUGAUUUAUCAACCAAGGCACAAAAUUUCUAAAGAAAUAGAUACAUCAAGCCUAAUAGACGGCUAUCGACAGGAAUUAAAUAAAGCCAACCUUUUCGAAUGCAGCCUUAAGCAAUAGACAGUGAUGAUAAUAAUGUUGAGACUUUGAGAUAAAUAAGCAAUAAACUUAAAUUAAGGGAUAAAUACCUGAAACAUCCAUAAUAAUACUUCUAAACUAUCAAUAAUAUUUAGACCUUAAACAAGGAUUCUCGAACAUUAUCCAGAUUAAAACAGAGCUUUUCUCAAACUAAUCAAGAAUCUCAGGCAGAGCAUUAGAGAAGAGAUUAUAACUCUCAUUAUUACAGUAAACAAGACAGAUAAGACUUGAGGUAGAGACACAACUUUAAUAGAAUUUAAGCAGUAUAAAUCUCAAAUGCAUCAUAAAUCCUGCCUAAAUCUAAGGAAGAAUUCUUCAAUAAUCUAAACCCACCAAGCUAAAAUAACGAAAUAUUACAGACCAAAGAAAGUACUCCAUAAUCUCAUCUGAAUCUUAACUUUCACCAUGCUGUCAUAAAUUAGAGUGGUAAAGGAUUACCUAAUCUUAGAAUUAAUCAAAGUAGUAUUAUUAGUGAAAAUUAGCCCUACUAUAUGGUCCCAUCUGAAAAGAUAAAAAAUAGUGCAAAGAAGAACUAAAAGAGAUUCGAAGAACUUAUGAAAUAUAAUUGGGAGGAGAAAAUCUCUUCAUUGAAAGAUUAGGUAAACUAGAUAAAGAGCAAACCUCGAUUUCAUCAAAUUGAUAAUGCAAGUAACAAAGGACUUGAAACUAAAAGGGAUACAAGCAGAUAAAAAAAAGUUGUACAAUUCACUCUUCCUGAGAUAUGA